CGGCUCUCAGGAGCCAUUUUGGAAGCUGUUCAGCUUUUCGCAUGUCUGUCCCUUUACUGGCCCUCACCAACUGCCCCAGCAGUAGCAGUAGCACGCGGAGGGGGAAAAUCACAGUGGAGCGUUUUGUUUCUACCCCAGGCGUUUAACAAACUCAAGCUUCUACCAAGAGCCCGUCAAUGCUACCGGGCCAGAAUGAAAUGUUGGUUGUUUGUGGCAUCACGAACUUUAAUUCAUUGGAUCGCGCUUGUGGUAGAGACCUUGCGUUUCAAUUUUGAACGGGAGGUUUUGUUAUUGUAGCGGCGAGGAAUUGCGCGCAGGCCUCUUCGCGUUCACGCGUUUGCGCGCACGUUUCUUUUCGUUUUAAAUGCUUACACAGCCUAAAUGACAAUAUUUAUCUCCAGGAUCCUUAAGGAAGGAAUAUGUUUGUUCCCUGGCUGAUUUUUACACUCAUCUGGGCAAGCUGGUGUACAGGAGCGAGUCAGGGUGAGGUGGCGACAAGAGAGUGCGUCUACUACAAUGAUAACUGGCGGACGGAGAAAACCAAUCAGAGCGGUUUUGAGAGAUGUGAGGGUGAAAAAGACAAGAGGCUUCACUGUUACGCCUCCUGGAUAAACUCUACUGGAACCAUCCGCCUGGUCAAGAAAGGUUGCUGGCUUGAUGAUUUCAACUGUUAUGACAGACAGGAGUGUGUGGCUACAGAAGAGAAUCCACAGGUCUUCUUCUGUUGCUGUGAGGGAAACUAUUGCAAUGAGAGAUUCACACACCUUCCUGAAGCCAUCAGCCCUGCAGUAAAGAUUCAGCCACCACAACCGGGUCCACCUCUGUUAGCUGUGCUGGUUUAUUCUCUUCUUCCUCUGGCCAUUCUCACUCUGACCCUGCUGCUCGCCUGCUGGACGUACCACCAACGAAAACCCCCUUAUAGACACGUCGACCUCAGCCAGGAUGCUGGCCUUCCUCCACCAUCUCCUCUGGUUGGACUUAAACCGCUGCAGUUACUGGAGAUGAAAGCCAGGGGGCGCUUCGGCUGCGUGUGGAAGGCCCAGUUACUGAGUGAAUAUGUGGCGGUGAAGAUAUUUCCUAUACAGGACAAGCAGUCAUGGCAGAAUGAAAGAGACAUUUACCUCACCGAGGGUUUUAAACACGAGAAUGUUCUUCACUUCAUCUCGGCAGAGAAACGCGGCACCAACCUGCAGAUGGAGUUGUGGUUGAUCACAGAAUUCCACGAAAGGGGUUCGCUUACAGAUUAUCUGAAGGGGAACCCGGUGAGCUGGUCUCAGUUAUGUCACAUCUCAGCCACCAUGGCCCGGGGCCUGGCACACCUUCACGAAGAUCUUCCUUACAGAGCCGAGGGACCUAAACCAGCCAUUGCACACAGAGAUUUCAAGAGCAAGAACGUUCUGCUCAAGAUGGAUUUAACAGCUGUGAUCGCAGAUUUCGGCUUGGCUGUUCGGUUUGAGCCAGGAAAACUGCCUGGAGAUACACAUGGUCAGGUUGGAACACGGCGUUACAUGGCCCCAGAAGUGCUGGAAGGAGCCAUUAACUUCCAGAGAGACGCUUUCCUGAGGAUCGACAUGUACUCUUUAGGACUGGUGAUCUGGGAGCUCAUGUCUCGCUGCACGGCCGCCGAUAGUCCUGUGGGGGAAUACCAGCUGCCAUUCGAGGAAGAAGUAGGCCAGCACCCAUCACUUGAGGACCUUCAAGACGUGGUGGUCCAUAAGAAGAUGCGACCUGUCUUUAAAGACUGUUGGAUCAAACAUCCGGGUUUGGGCCAGUUAUGCGAGACCGUUGAAGAGUGUUGGGACCAUGACGCCGAGGCUCGACUGUCUGCGGGUUGCGUAGAGGAGCGCAUCUCAACCAUCACCAGGGCAUGUAACACCAUCAACACUUCUACCUCAGAGUGCCUGGUCUCAAUGGUUACAUCUGAUAGCGAUACGGACCUUCCACCCAAAGAAUCCAGUACAUAAAAACUGACCUUUGAACCAGGAGCAAACAUCAGGGACUGCGAAUCGACAGACGUAUUACAACCUCUCCAGUAAUGUGAACUUUGCUGCUAAUGUGAUGUUUUUUGGAAUUUCACGUUAUUUUAUUUCUCACGCCGUUGGAUUGGUUUCACCAGCGCGUUCAUCUACUGAAUUCUUCCAGAAGGAAGGCACAAAAAACCUCAAACGUAUGAAGACUUUCAGAGGGCAUUGUUUCAGACUGCUGGGAUUAUGAGCACGUUACCUCAUCGAUUUUAAUGCCAUUAUUAUGUUGUUUUUGCCUGCACUCCAUGAAUACCUCUUUUCAAAUACUGACCUACAACAGCCCUAAACUACAAAACAACAGGAAGUCUGGCGACUGUUACAUAAAACCCAACCUUCCAAGAGCACAAGAUUUCUUUCUUACUCAGUGAAUUUUUAGCGUAGUUUUAUUGCUGUUAAAUAUACCUAUUAAGCCAUUUUUGUUGGGGGGGGUGUUUUUAGUUUCAUUUUUUGUUGGCAGUCGUCUGGGACACUGGAAGCUGAGAGGCAGCGGGUCUGUUUUAGAGUUAGCGCGGCGUCGCCUUAAGCAGUUGUUGGCAUUUGAUUUUAAAGUAGCGUUCACCUCGUAUGUUGCGAUCGGUAAAGACUUCCUGAGGCUUGUCACUGGUGGCGAGUUUUACCGUAUUUAUUUGGUCAGCCGUUGACUUGCGAUUUCUCGUAGGGCGUCUGAAGGUUAUGUAGAUGUUUUGUAUUCAGUACCAGUUAUGUUUUAGUAUAUUGACAAGAGCUGCCGUCGACAUUUACUUUCGACAUCAAGCUCGAUUCGGCUAACUUUCAUUUCAGUCACAACUGAUGUAUUCGUGUAUCAGGAAAGUGUUGUUGUUUAUCCAGUGCACUACUCAGGUAAAUUUUGUUUGUGAUUGUGACCUCUUUACAGCAAUAGUUCUCAGUAGUGAGGUGAAUCUUAUAUACAUCUGAAAUUUCACUCUUAAAUCAAAAGAAACACAUUUUAUUUAUAAAAUGAGAUUUUUUUAUAUAUGUAAAUGAUGCCUUUUCAGGACCAUACAUUUUUGCAUUGUGAAGACAAGGGAUAGUUCAAUUUCUGUCAAAACUUACCCUCAUGUUUUUACAAACCUGUAUUCAUUUCUUUGUUCUGCUGAACAAAAAUGAGGUAUUUUGAGAGAUGUUUGUAACCAAGCAGGUCUUGGGCACAUAGAAUUAUGCUAUGGAAGUGAAUGGUGCCCCAGAUCUGUUUGGUUAUAAACAUUUUUUGAAAUAUGUUCCUUUGUGUUUGCAGAACAAAGAAAUGUAUAAAGGUUUACGUAAAUGAUGACAAAAUGUUCAUAUCCCUUUAAAUUAAGGUUGUGUUUGUUUACAUUUAAUAGCUGACAUGAUCUAACAAUGUACAAUACUUUUACAGCAUCUUAAUUUUAGCAUUUACUGAUGCAUUUUUAAAAUCAAAAGCUAUCUAGCAUUAUUAGUUUAUGUUAGCUGUAAUGCAUUUACUAAUGUUAGCAAAUGCCACUUUAUUGUAAAGUGUUACUAAAAUUUCAAUGGUCCUUUAAUUCUUUUGAAAUAAGGUAGUGAAAUAAAGGCGUUUCUAGAGGCAGUUUUCAUGAGAUUUCCCCCAUGAACAGUGAAGAAAAUGAUCUCGCAAUAAUUUUACUGUUGCAACCGACUGAAUGUCUGUAGUUCAGUGAUCGGUGCUGUGAAACUGUUUAUUCAUCUCAUUGAACCUCUCAGUAUUGUGAACUUUGCAUUGUUCAUAAACAGGCAGCUUUUAUUGAUCGGACUCAUCAAUUUUCUUUUAUGAUAAUGCUAAAACAAUCACUGAAUCGCAGGCGUCAUAUACUCAGUGAUUAGAUAUACCUCAGAUAUUGUGACCUUUUUUGUUUUAGUAAAGUAUUUUAUUCUGUUUGUGGUAGCAAUAUAAUUUAAUAUAAGCUGCUUUUUGUGAUUUUUAAAGAGAUUUUUUUUGUCGUCUAAUGUUUAUUUUUAACAGAAGGUGCUCUAUUUGAUUGCCAGGUGCUCGUGCGUUUCAUGAAGUCAUUUAUAUAUAUAUAGAGAUUUGAAAUGACUUCGGAGUAACUCUUCUCUCUGAAUACGUGGAGAAGAUGGAUUUCUUUUCUCUGAAUACAUGCAGGUUUUCCUCAGCAUUAGUUUGUUUGUGUGGUACAUGUAUCUUCACUUACUUCCAUCUUAGCAAUGUAUUAAGUUGGACUUCUCUAUUAUCAAAUCAGGGAUUUGAAAUGUAAUUAAAGUAUUGCAGUGCAAGUGGUGCAAAGUUAGUUUAAGCCAAACUCUGUAUUUUAUCAGGUGUUGAUGAAUGAUUCAUCUUUUAUUGUAUAUAAGUUCAUUAAAACAGUUAACCGAUGUAGUUGAAAGCAUCUUUUACCCUUAAACUUGUUAUAUUUCUAUACGUUCUGCAUCAAGCCCGAAGAAGUGGUGAUGUGUAGGUUUCCCAUUAUCCAUAGCCAUCCAGAUGUGGAAUGGAUUCUCGUUUGGGAGAUGAAGAACUUGAUUUUGAUUUUUACUGCUGCUAAUGUAGUAAAUUACAUUGUGUUGCCCCUGUAUAUGGGUCAUUUUGGAUUCGGCUGCCAUGUUCAGUAUUUUCUUGAAUUAAACAUUACCUAUGUUUA